AUUCACUUUUGAUGUCCUCAUCUAAAAAAUAUUCGCAAAGGAAAUAGAAGUUUGACGAAUAAUUAUUGCUUACUAGAUGGCGGACGUCAAUGAAGCAUACAUAUAUGUUCCCACUUCAACAACGCACGAUCUACAGUAUUCGUUGAAAGUGAUAACGAAAACGUACCUGGCCCCUGACUAUUGUAGGAAUAUGACAGCUGAUCGAAAAAGAAAGCUUAAAGAGUUUAAUUUGCAUUUCUCUGAUCAAAAAGCCUGAAGAAGUAUGCAUUGUCUUCAACAGGAAAUUUAGCUUCGAAAUGGUAGGUAGUUUAGCGAGUAGAAUAUUGGACUUGUGGUUUUUCGAUGGACAAGAUUACCGAUUUGCUAAAAGGAAAGGAAGUGACAGAAUUGUAAUCCUUUUAUGGAAAUGAUAUCGUCAAUAACUCUUGUUAGAAUUCUGUCAGAUUUAAUCCUGGUGUGGCAACUGAUCCUAAGCAUCGACACCAACUUCACUUCCUGUGCGCAAGCCAUAGCAGCGGACCUUCAAUAACGACAUGAAGUAAAGAGAGGCCGUAAAAAUGAUACACGUAAAACCUCCUCCAAUAACACCAAGAGCUUCGUACACUUUACGGUGGUUGGAAGCCGAAGGCCACGAUGUUAAUUUAUCAGGAAUUGCGGUUAACUCCAAAGGAGACAUCGCCGUGUCCGACCAGGGAUGUGAUCGUCUCAUCAUUUUGAACAAAGAUGGAAUAUUUAAAGAAACGAUCGGUAGUAGAGGGAAAGGAAAAGACAAUGUGACGUUACCUGAUGGAAUAGCGUACAACAAAAGCGACCAUUUGCUGGUUUCUGAUUAUGGAAACCAUCGUAUUCAACUGUACGAUUGUAGAGCUGGUAAAUUUUGUUUUUCAUUCGGAUCUGGUGGAUCGGCUGAUGGGCAACUUUACUUUCCCUGUGGUUUGUCCAUAGACGAACAUGACAAUAUCAUUGUUAGCGACUGGGGUAACAAGCGAGUCCAAGUUUUUGACGAACGCGGAAAUUUCAAGCUAAGGUUUUCAGGUCAGGCCACUGAGUCUCCCGAGCCAAGCGAACCGCAACAUUGCAUAGCCUCGAAAAAACUAUAUUUUAUGACGGAUGGGUGUGCAAACUGCGUGCAAGUAUUUGAUGAAAGAGGAACAUUUCUGCACAAUAUAGGCUGUAUGAAUUCUCCUCAAGGGAUUGCCGUUAUUGAAAGCGAAAUUUUGUGCGUUUGUGAUUCGAAUAAUAACUGCCUGCAGUUGUAUUACCCUGAUGGCGCUUUUGUUUCUAGUGUCUCCAAUUUAACCUGGCCAAUGUACCUGGCAAAGGGAUCAAAUAGAGAGAUUUUUGUGAGUGAGAGGGGAAGUUGCCAAAUAACUGUCCUAAAUUGUCCAUUUUAAGGAGAAUUACAUGACAACAAUUCAAGUUCUUGUUGA